AGUUCAGUGCACCGCGGCCGCUCAUCGUAGACGACUUGGAAUAAGAAUAAGCCAAAUAUCUCUAUUGAUUCUCUGGAAACCAAAUCGAUAUCCGUACGAGGCACAGGCGCUCACUUCGUUACGAAUCCGCCAACUUUCUUCGAAUCGCUCAUUGAGUUCGUCGCCCGUUAACAAGCCUGACAAAUCCUGUCGGAUCGUUGAAAACAAUCUCUACUUCACUCUAAGAAGAAACAAUCGCAGUCUUGCGAGAAGUUGUGUUCCCAACAAUUCAUCUACGACUCUGAGAAUGGAGAAGAAAAGCGAUCUAAUAGUGGAAGCUGAGAACUUGAAGAAUUCCAGAGAUCUUCAAGAGCCGAAGGAUUCGAAGGAGGCGGAGAGGAAAUCUGCGCUUCGCAUGCAUUGGACGAAACAGAUGAAGCUAUUUCCGGAAUUAUAUCGAAGCGACGUGUCGAUCCAUCCCAGUUACACCGACCUGAAAAAUUUACCUUACCGUGUAGUGUGCAGGCAUCGCGUGCAGCGGCUGAAACGACAAAUAUCUCGGCAGCUAAAUCGCGAGAUUGCACACUUUGCCAUGAUCCAGAUGUUCGCUCUCGACAGCGUGAGGAUUGAUCGCGUUUUCAGCGUCGGUAUGUUGCCGAAGAUGCUGAUCGUGCCAGAUCCAUUGACCGAAAAAGAGAGACGUCGACUGAACGAGCUCCUGCGAGACUCUUGAAAGAAUCUUUCAUAUUCAAUUUUAAUGAAAAUAAAUCGUUUUAUUCCGUUGUUGCUUCUUCUAA